AUGCCUUACCUCUACCGGGCCCCAGGGCCUCAGGAGCCCCCCUCCCCCAAGGAUGCCCGCAUCACCCACUCCUCGGGCCAGAGCUUUGAGGAGCUGAGGCAGACGUGUCUGCAGAAGGGCGUUCUGUUGGAGGAUGCAGACUUCCCAGCCAACAGCUCCUCUCUCUUCUACAGUGAGAGGCCCCAGCUUCCCUUCGUGUGGAAAAGGCGGGGGCGACUGCCUGGCCGUCCAGUGGGAACGUGGGGCGGGCGCUCUGCCAGCACCACCUUCUUGGCAAACACAGCUCUGCUUGGGGGCCGGGGAGUGGUGCCCGAGAGCAACCAGAGCCAGGAAAGUCAGGGGACGUCGGGGGUGCCGGAGAGGCGCCUCGUCCCCCCGGGAGCCCGGGGCAAGGAGGCUCUGAGGGGGAACCUGGGCCUGGGGUUGGGAGUGAACGGGAGCUACGAGGCUCUGAAGGGGGGCAGCGCCAUCGAGGCCACAGAGGACUUCACCGCGGGCGUGGCAGGGACCUUCACAACCAAGGAGGCUCCCGGGAACUUCUCUGAGAUUCUAGACAAGGCCUUGAAGAGGGGCUGUCUGGUGGGCUGCUCCAUUGACAUCAGAAAUGCUGCAGAACCUGAAGCCCGGACACCUUUUGGCCUCAUUAGGGGUCAUGCCUACACAGUGACGGGCGUUGACCAGGUAAACUUCCGAGGCCAGAAUACAGAGCUCGUCAGAGUCCGGAACCCUUGGGGCCAAGUUGAGUGGACUGGGUCCUGGAGUGACAGUUCUUCUGAGUGGCGUUCCGUUGGCCCCGCCGAGCAGAAGCGCCUGUGCCACGCUGCUCUAGACGAUAGGGAGUUCUGGUGCGGUGCUUGUCUCUGUUUUCCUUUCCGCGUUAACUCCAUCACAGGUGACUCCCAUGGAGGGGACGAGGGACGUGUGACGGACGCCUGCCGCCUCGAGCUCCCCCAGAUCCCCUGCUCCUCCCAGCUGCAGAUCGGCUUUUCAGAGCUGACGUUAGAAACGGACAUCAAAUUCGAGAAGCUAAGCCUGACUUCCUGUAAAAACAUCAUUUCUCUAAUGGACACCAGUGGCAAUGGGAAGCUAGGGUUCGGUGAAUUCAGAGUGUUCUGGGACAAGCUGAAGAAGUGGACGAACCUUUUCCUUCAGUUUGACGCUGACAAGUCUGGCACUGUGUCCCCCUAGCUGCGGACCGCCCUGAGAGCCACAGGCUUCCAGCUCAGCUCUCCCCUCUUGCAGCUGAUCGUUCUCAGGUGCGCAGACCAGGAGCGCCAGCUGGGCUUCGAUGACUUCCUCAACUGCCUGGUCCGGCUGGAGACUGCAAGCCGGAUGUUCCAGGCCCUCGGCACGAAGAACAAGGAGUUCAUUCAUCUCAACAUAAAUGAGGUAUGA